GUCCAGUUUUUCCUUAUCAUCAUUGCUUCCAUCAGCUGUUUUAUAGAUCUUGACUUGAUAUUUGCUGGCGUUUCCCCCAGCUCUCUAUCUGCUGGAAUACGACCGGCCCGUGGACACGCCACAAGCAGCCCAGCAUGCGCGUCUUCGCUCCGCUGCUGCCAUGGUUUUUCGUGACAAUUGCCCCGUCCGUCGUCGCCACCGGCCACUUUACGAAGCCGAACGAGCAGAAUGGCACCAUCACUUUCCAACUGGGCGAACAAGUGGAGGUUGAGUGGGACAAGACGGCCGACUACUCGAUUUUGUCAUUGGGCUACUACUCAUAUACCAACCAGACCAUAACAUGGCUCAUCUCAAACUCGCCCAACUAUCCAACGACAUACACAUGGACUGUUCACGCCAUACGCGACGGAUUCACCGAUGCCAAAGACGACGAGUUUUGGCUAUACAUCGUGAAUGGUACCAACUUCGGUGCGCCAUUCCAGUCGCCCGGGUUCUUCAUCCAGAGUAAGUCCGCGGCGACACAAACGACCAAGUCUGCGACGACCAUCUCAUCGACGCCCAACCCGACCGGCGCAGCGGCCACGGGAACCAACACAGUAGGGGAAGGCAACUCGACGAGCAGCGACAGCAGUAGCGAUAGCGCCAGCACCGGGACCUCCAGCACCGCAGGUAAUAAUGACAACACCAGUAACCAAGGAGAGCUCAGUACCGGCGCUAGAGCGGGCAUAGGAGCUGGUAUUGCGCCGCCGCUGCGGUACUGGCUAUCGCCGCUGCGAUUUUUUUCAUCAUGAGGCGAAGGAGGAAGCGGGUGGGCGAGCACCAGCAGACUCAGAGCAACGCCGUCGAAGCGGAUGGAGCGCCAACAGGCCAUGACUACGGACCCGUUCAUCAUGGGGACGGGUAUGGAGUGAACCAUGGUGGCCACGGUGUUUAUGCGCGCGGGAAUGGCAUGCAACAUGCUGGGCACGAUGUUCAUGGGCAUGGAAAUGGAACGGUCCAUCAGAAUGGUGUCGCUGAAGUUAGCAGUGCCGGUGGAUU